UCAUUGGCCUGUUAAAUGAUUUUCACAGUGUAUAUCAACAGCGCUGCAAUGUAACAAUUUCGCGCACACGGAGCGACUAUGGCUGUCAGAAGUCGCCCGCUAUCACCAGUGGCCACAUGUUUUGCAUGGCCUGUUUUGCCGCUUUGGCAGGCUGUUUUUGGCCGUUGGCGGUACGGUAGCGAAUAAUCUCUGAGUAGAAUUCGAGCAAAUUAAGCAAAACGGUAUAUAAAUUAAUUACAACCAGGUAAUUGCGUUCGCUGUUAUGAUUAUUAUACCCAAGAAUGAAGCGAAUCGUGUUGUAACGAAACGACCCACAACCGAUUACCUACGACCCGAUAUCGAGGUUACAAAUAGAAUUAAUCAGCGGCAUUGCACACAAAAUAAACACACAUGAAAAUGAACCUUUGGCUUAUAAGGGUGAUCGAGGAGUAAGAAUAAGAAUUUCAAAGCCGAGCACUGUAGGAUCGAAUAGGCCGUCAAAAUAAUUGAGCAGAAUAUGCAAGCUUGCUGCCCGUCGGUAGUAGAAGGCAAGCACGUUUAAUAUACAAAAGAGAAAAUGAUGAGUAGUGACCAGAAUGGUGAACUGAAGAGUGAGAAACCGGAAGAAACCCCAUUACACGUCGAUACUGACAUGGUGGACGCUGGAGAAGAAGACCUUCGGUAUGGCUGGGGAAACAUCAGGCCAAAGUGUUUACAAUUUCUUAACAGCCCCAAGUGUUUUGUGACUGCAUUGGCGUUUUUCUCUUUUAUUCAAGGUAUGACUGUGAAUGGAUUCACCAAUCUCUACCUCUUAACAUUAGAGAAGAGAUUUCAGCUCACAAGUACUGACGUAGGAUUCGUUGCAGCGUCCAAUGACGUAGCAGGAAUACUGUUGACUGCGCUUGUAAGCUUUUAUGGAACAUACGGAAACAAAAUAAAAUGGCUUGGUUACGGUUCGGUUAUAACAGGUCUAGGAUGUUUAUUAUUCGUCCUCCCUCAAGGACUGGUUGGGCGAUACCAGCCUCUUUUGGCCUCAAACGGUUUAACCGAUGGCCAAGUUUGUCGGCUUGGCGUCAAUGGCACCUCGGAGUUCUGCUUUGCUGACUAUGGCGGCCAAUGGUAUUAUAUCCUCAUUUUCUUCAUGGCCCAGUUACUCAUGGGUGCCGGGACAACACCGCUGUACACCCUUGGGCCCGCGUACAUCGAUGAAAAUGUGCACCCAAAGUCGUCACCAGUAUAUCUUGCUGUAUUUUUCUCCCUGACUUUGCUGGGGCCUGGGCUGGGGUUUAUAUCUGGCGGUUCGCUGUUGAAUAUUUACAUUGACGUCACACAGCCCGAAGGAGUUAAUCUUAGUCCCGAGGAUCCUCGAUGGAUAGGAGCGUGGUGGCUGGGGUACCUGGCUGGGGGCUCUAUUCUUCUCAUCAUCUCAGGCCUUAUUCUUGGAUUUCCCAGAGAGUUGCCAGGGGCCAAAAGCAUCCGCGAACAAGCUCUCAAAGAAGGACACAUUCCACAGAAGGACGAAAGGAUUCAAGGAAAGCUGAAGGAUAUUUUGCCAGCGACACUCCAGUUGAUAAAAACGCCUGUCUUCAUUUUCAACACCUUGGCAGUCACAUCCGGAUCAUUGUUUGGAGCCGGUAUAGCAGCCUUCAUUGCAAAAAUUCUUCAGCUCAAGUAUGGACUAAGCUCUUUCCUUGCAGGAGUUGUCAUUGGAGUGGUGCUUGUUCCAGGAACUGUAGGUGGUGUGGUUCUGGGCGGAUAUCUUGUGCGGCGAUUUGACUUGAAGAGAUCUUUGAGAAUGGCGGCCAGAUUCUGCGUCAUCGCUUCAGUUUUUACCGUUGCAGGAUCUAGUGCAUGGUUCAUUCCCGGAUGUGGUGUCCCGGAUCUAGCAGGAGUAUUAGCUCCUUACAGUGGCAGUUCUCUUCAAGACACUGAAGUGAAUGUGCCAUGUAAUCUGAACUGUAGCUGCUCGCUGGCCAGCAUUAGCCCCGUAUGUGGAGAAGAUAACUUGGCUUAUUUUUCUCCCUGCCAUGCUGGAUGCAAGAAUGUGCUGAAUGAAGAGGAUGAAAAUGUGCACCCAAAGUCGUCACCAGUAUAUCUUGCUGUAUUUUUCUCCCUGACUUUGCUGGGGCCUGGGCUGGGGUUUAUAUCUGGCGGUUCGCUGUUGAAUAUUUACAUUGACGUCACACAGCCCGAAGGAGUUAAUCUUAGUCCCGAGGAUCCUCGAUGGAUAGGAGCGUGGUGGCUGGGGUACCUGGCCGGGGGCUCUAUUCUUCUCAUCAUCUCAGGCCUUGUUCUUGGAUUUCCCAGAGAGUUGCCAGGGGCCAAAAGCAUCCGCGAACAAGCACUCAAAGAAGGACACAUUCCACAGAAGGACGAAAGGAUUCAAGGAAAGCUGAAGGAUAUUUUGCCAGCGACACUCCAGUUGAUAAAAACGCCUGUCUUCAUUUUCAACACCUUGGCAGUCACAUCCGGAUCAUUGUUUGGAGCCGGUAUAGCAGCCUUCAUUGCAAAAAUUCUUCAGCUCAAGUAUGGACUAAGCUCUUUCCUUGCAGGAGUUGUCAUUGGAGUGGUGCUUGUUCCAGGAACUGUAGGUGGUGUGGUUCUGGGCGGAUAUCUUGUGCGGCGAUUUGACUUGAAGAGAUCUUUGAGAAUGGCGGCCAGAUUCUGCGUCAUCGCUUCAGUUUUUACCGUUGCAGGAUCUAGUGCAUGGUUCAUUCCCGGAUGUGGUGUCCCGGAUCUAGCAGGAGUAUUAGCUCCUUACAGUGGCAGUUCUCUUCAAGACACUGAAGUGAAUGUGCCAUGUAAUCUGAACUGUAGCUGCUCGCUGGCCAGCAUUAGCCCCGUAUGUGGAGAAGAUAACUUGGCUUAUUUUUCUCCCUGCCAUGCUGGAUGCAAGAAUGUGCUGAAUGAAGAGAAAUUCACAAACUGUAGCUGCAUCUACCCAAAAGGCAAUUCAAGCGAAGGCUCAGCUGUGAAAGGCUUCUGCGAGACGCUGUCUGGGUGCAAGACAUACAUCGCUUUUACACUUCUUAUCGUGAUGGUGCUGUUCUCUGUUUUUAUCACUGCGAUAGCAAACAAAACGGUAGUGCUCAGAUGUGUCCCGUUUAACCAGAGGGCAUACGCACUCGGUUUUCAGUUCAUAAUCCAACGCUGCCUUGGUUUCUUGCCGGGCCCAAUCCUUUUUGGUCGCAUUUUCGAUGCGGCGUGCCGUCUAUGGGGAGAGAGAUGUGGCAAGAAAGGCAACUGUCAGUUUUACGACAUGAAAAAACUUACUGAUAGCCUUGGAUAUACGGGCUUCUGCUUUACAGGGGUAUCUUUUAUUUUCUAUUUCUUGUGUUUCUGGUUUUGUAAGGCAACCAUCCAAGAAGAAGAAAUACAAAGCAAAAAACGUUCCACAAAUGUGGAACUUGAUGACGACAACGAUAAUUUAAUGUUUGAGUCGACUAUGUAGCCUGUAAAACAAACAA